AAGUUCUUCACUUCCUGUUUAGUGAGACGCACGUGGAGCGGAGCUAGCGUGUUUUGGACCGAGUGAACGAUUCAUCUUGCAAGAUGGUAUCUUCAUCAGUAGUGCACUGCCCAUUAUGUGACUGUGUUUACGUCUAUCUGGGCAAACACUUGCUAAAAAUGCAUGGCAUAAAAAAUCUUGAGGAGCGUCAGAUAUUGCUACAGUAUGCUCGUGGGAGGAUAAACAUAAGAUGCGUGCCCUGCCCUGUCAAGAGCUGCAAUUAUUCACAGUCGAGGCUGGAUAAACAUGUGGAAACAGCCCACCGUGAGAUGGGGCAGGAAAAGAUCAAUCGGCUCAUCAAAGAUUUGAAGUGGCGCGUCACCAUAAAGAGUCUUAAAGCUCUGAGGGCGAGGACACCCAGCCCCCCGAUGAUGUCACGCCUUGACAUUGAGACCAAGGAUAGCAAGAAAGGAAAGCUUGAUGUGGCGACAUCAAAGUUUGGACCUGAGGAUCUAUCCUGCUGCACCUCCUGCAAGGAUCUUCUGUUAAAACACCAGCAGCUGAAAAAGCACUGUUCUGUCCUGCGUAAGAAAUUACGUGAUAAAAUCAGAUGGUCCAAACAGGCAAAGAUGACUAUAAAGAAAUUGGAGGAGGCCCUCCAAAAGGCGUCCUCAGGGCCCUCUGAGUCAGAAGUUCUGGAGCCUGCAGUACAUGAGGGGCAAGAUAAGACUUCUUCGGAGAAAGAAACAGAACUGCCUUUAAAGCUUUCUGUUUUCAAGGACUUCCCCAAAUUUCCAAAAUCCAUCUUGGAAUACAUUGAAGAGUAUUGGGUCCACUUGAAGGGCUCAUGUCAUAACAAAAAACAGGAGGAAAACCAGAGAUCAAAAGUCCGGCGGAUAAUGCUCUUCCUCACAUUCCUCUCAGAAGGGCAGAAAGUUGUUUGGAACUGGAUGUUUCUCCACAAUAUUAAGAGAAUAAACGAGUGGCCACAACAUCUAGUUAAGGAGGGAAAGGCCAUCAGGACCAUCAAAUCUUACCUGGUCAACAUCUCUGAGUUCAUAGCGUACUUCCGAGACAGCCCUCCGCCAUACUCCAGCGUUCCAAAAACAGCUUUGGAUGCUGUCCUUGAAGCCCUGUCCUCCUCAGUUUCAAAACUGGGAAGACGUAGCAUUCUUGAACAAAUAAAAGUAGAAGAACACAAUGUGAACACGGUCAUUCCCAAAGAGGAUCUACACACCUGCCAGAAGACUGCAAGAUGUCGAAUUCCAGAAAUUCUUGAUGAACUGGCCAACGACCCUAACCCGGAGUCCCGAAGGAGAUUUUUUGGCUAUAUAAGCGUCUACCUAGCCAGUCUGUAUGGUCACAGAACUGGUGUUCUUGAAAAUAUGACCAUUUCAGAGGUAGACGAGGCCCAGCAGGAGGCCAGAGUUGGAGACGAGGGCUUUGUGGUAAACGUCAAGGGGCACAAAACAAAUCAUGCCUUUGGGCUGGCACAGCUGUACCUGAGUGUGGAAGAGUUUGGUUGGCUGGAACAGUGGCUCUUGAUUAGAGAGAAACUUCAGCCAUCAACAGACCUUGUUUUCUUCACCGAAAACAACACCAAAAUAAAUUUCCUCAUCCCUAUGCAAGCUGCUUGGUCAGAGAUGGGGUUAUCUGGAUCCCCCACAUUUACAGAUUUCCGCACAUCUAUUGCAUCAUAUGCUAUAAAUGUUAUCUCCCGAAACACCCCUCAACAAAUAUCUAAAACCAUGUGUCGUGAUACUGCCACGGCUGAAAAAUACCACUCGCUCCACUUGACGACUUCGCAGUUGGCUCAAAUCCGUAAGGAUUUUGAGUUAGCCAUCAAUCCAGCACAAGAGUCAUUAUUAAGUGGCAUGGAGGAAGCUCCUCUCCUGACCCUUUCAGAGUCCUCCAGUGACUCUGAAGCAGAGGACCAGGAGCACAAAUCUAAAAAGAGGAAACUUUAAAGUGAGGAACUUGAUGCAGCAUCAUCUAGCCCAGCUCCUCCCUCCACCCAGGGCACACCAUCAUGGUGUGAAUGAACGUGCUGUGAAUGAGUUUGUUGAGGAUUAAAAACCCAGUAAAACCUUGAGUAAUCACAUGGGGGAAGGAGCAACCAUUCUGUGACUUCAUAUAUUAAGAUACGCCCCAUUGUAGUCCAACUCUUCCCCUUAAGGCACGUGAUCAGCAUGAAUAGUAGUUUUCCAGCCUGUUGCUUCCCCACUCCAGACCACAAGGUAGGGGGGCCUCCAUCUUGAUCCUGCCUUGUUGACUUUGCAUCAAGCACCCUCCCCCUUCAUCGAUCACUGAGGUGCUACAAUGCUAUGUUGUUAAUGCAUUGUAAACUAACCAUUAUAAGCUAAAUAAUGUUACAUUGUUACACUGAUGGAUAUAUUAACAUUGUAGUCUUAGACCGCUUUCUCCCUUCUUUCAAAUUAUUCAUUUAGUCUACUUUGUGUUUUUAUCUUUUAAGUAGUAAGUAGUGUUUGCAGUGAUUGUUAGAUUUCUUUAUAAUCCUGGAUUGUAAAAAUAAAGACAUCGUUGUUUUCA